AUGUUUGACUUCCCAGAAACUAAACGCGUCCGCCGCGCGGAGCUCUUCGACGACUUCACUCCCGCCGCCGACUCCCCCACUACCUCAGACACGCAUACCCUCGAUCUUGACCUCGACCUCGACUUUGUCACUGUCGCGCCCCUCCCAUCCGCCGCCGACGACCCCGCCGACACAGACCUCGAAUUCAGUCUCUUCUCAGGUCCGUGCCAGACCGUAACCCUCAAAGAGGCCACGCCCCCUUGCGAAGAAGACCUCUGGGAGGCGCUAGCGAAAUCGCAGAAGCGUGCCGUUGCGCAUUAUGUUCUCAGUGAAGCCGACAUGGCGCUGCGGCGGCAAGCGCUGCUGGCCGGUGGUAUGAUUGUUGAGGCCGAUGAGGUGCUGCUCGGCGCGAAGGUUGUUUGGCCAGCUUGUAAGGUCCCGCACAAGGUCAUAACCAUCACUAUGCACACGCAACCGCCAGAACCGAGGGCGGAUGUGAAGCACGCGAAGCCCAGUAAGAAGUCCCGGAUCGCGACAAGGAAAGCGCAGCAGAAGAUCAAGGCUACGGAAGAGGAGCGGCAGCGGAAGAUUGAUGCGACGAAGAAGUUCGCAGGUUUUCCGCCCGAGGAAAGAGCAAGGCUGGAGAGAGAGGACAAGAGCCGGAAGAAUAGGGAGAAAAAGGCGAAGAAGAAGGCCAGGGAAAGACUUAAGAAACUAGCACUAAAAGCCGCUGCAGAAGGCGGUGGUGAUAGUGGUAAAGAUGUGAAAAUGAAGGAUCAGGAUAGCGGCAGUGAUAGUGAUUCAGAUUAG